GAUCUUUAUGUCUUAUUAUGGUGGCUCUUAUUUGUAUUUACGCUAUGACACACCCUUACUGGACUUUGUUAGAGGCAAAGGAGUAACGAAGAAGCCUAGCUGUUCAUAUCAAGGUUAAGCUAUAUGUAUUGUAAGAAUAUUUCUUACAAGCUUACUCAUUGUUGAAACAGGGGAAUCUGAAUAUGAUAUGUGAUAUUGCUUGUCCUCAAAAGUAUCCGUUUCUUGUUUCUGCCAUCCUAUUAAAUAUCUCGGUCUAUAGAAGCCCAUGUUGAAAACUUGGAAAGGUCUGAAAAUACUCGGAUUAGUAGGGAAAAGCUCAGCCUAUGGGAAUAAGGAGUGGGUACAGAGCAGACACAUUGUAUCUCCCAACUCCUUUUCUGCUUAAAAAAAGGAAAACAUUUUCAUUAGUUUUUUUUAAAGGAGUCCCACUUUAUGGAACAGUUGUUUUUCAACAAAGGAGUCCCAAAUGUUUUAGGACACUGGCAAGGGAUUGCUACUGUUAACUCACUCAUCUAUGAAAUCUGAACUAUUGCACCUGCUUACUGCAAACGGACAACCACGGCUAAAUCCAUUGGCAGCAAGCAAAUGUAAAUGCAAGGCAGAUGAUGAAAACACAAGACAAGGGCCACUGAGGGAUGCAGUUGUCUUAAGCACACGUUGAAUGGCAACUUCAUCAUGCACUGUCCUGCAGUAUCAAAGUUUCACUGACUACAACUGAAGAUGACAGCAAUGUAACAGUGGGUUGCACUUCCUUUAUUGUCAUGUGACUUUGAAACCAGGAAACUGUUUUUCUUCGACUUGGGACAGCCUUUUCACCAGUUUAAUGAGGUGAGCUGUGGUAUUCGGUGAUCUCUGUUGGAAAGUAAAGACUGUCUUGAAACAGAUUCUUUUGUGCACGCAGUUGGGCAGAGACAAAAAUGACUCGGUAAGAGGUGGAGGUAUACAAGCUGGCACUCUGGUGUAGCUGAAGAACACGCUGGAACCUCCCUCUCCCCUGGACGUGAAGGUGAACCAGUCCUGUUCACUCAGACAGAUAAAUCAAUGCCCCAGCGCUUCCACAGACUGCUCCCUCAUUUCACCCAACAACCUGCGUGGGCCUCUCCUAUUGGACCCGUCAAUCAACUGUGCUUGCCAAUCAGUACACUAAACGGCCUGAAGAUUUAUCCUGACGGCAUUGUGUCCGCCUCUUGAGUUGUAACAAAGGAGUUGGUGAAGAAUCUAGCUUCAAGACAUAUUCUGGGGGAGUCCGCAGGCUUCUAAACAAUUACAAAACAUCCCCUUACUUGAGCCGCUCAGUACAAUACUCUCCACAACCUGUCAAAUCAGCUGCCCCUCCACCCCCAUUCCAAAGUCCUCUGGAUCACUGUUCCAGACCAUUCCUGCGAUCCAGUAACCUGCCUACUAACGCUUCACCCUGGACGACAGGGUCUGCCUCUGGGGAAAGGGGCUGUGCUGUCCUGGAGGAGGGGCUUGCGGCGGGCAACUCUCCAUCCGCAGGUGCACUCUGAGGCCAGGGUCUGUGGGAGCACAUCCAGAGAGAUCCAGAGAGGAGGCAGAGGACAUCAGAGCCCCUGACUCUGGGAUCCUUGCCAUGAGGUUUGAUGCCUCAAUCCACUGACCGGAAACACUGGACCUAAAUGGCGCAGCAUGACUUUGUCCCUGCCUGGCUCAACUUCUCCACACCCCAGCCUGCCAAGUCCCCUUCUGCCAGCCUUGAGAAGCAUGGCGAGCCCCAUCACCACCGGGAUGGUCGUGUCUCAGUGAGCCGACGCAGACACAACUCCUCGGAUGGCUUCUUUAACAAUGGGCCCCUGCGCGCUCCAGCAGGUGAUGGCUGGCAGCAGCCUUCUCUCCUCCUGAGACAUGACUCUGUGGACUCAGGGGUGGCGAAGGGGGGGCACGGGGGACUGGCGGGGGGGUCCAGCUGGAAGGAGGCGCCCAGCUGGCACGGCACCCCCCGGGGGCCGCAGGAGAGUCACCACCACCACCAGGGACGGCACCCCAAACGAGGGGGAGGGGACAGGGACAGGCAGGGGGGGCACCGGCAACGCAACGGCAACUUUCAUCCCCGCAAGACCACCGCUUUUCAGGACAAGUUCCCCAAUGAGGAACGCAAGGACAGCAAGGAGGACAAGCUGAAGUUUGUAGAAGAGGACUUUCCCUCACUCAACCCUGAAACAACUGGAAAGCCGGGGACCCAGAUGAGAGCCGUGCCUCCCCAUGCAGGAGUGUGGGAGAACCCCCCCAGUGGUAAACAGAUGGUGUCUAAAAUGCUGGUCAUCAAGAAGGUUUCCAAAGAGGACUCCAGCACCGCCUUCUCUGCAGGCUUUGCCAGUGCUGGUGCCCUUCCCUCCAACGGUAGCAAAGCACCCAUUGCAGGCUCCAGCGUCUACAAGAAUCUGGUUCCCAAGCCUGUCACCAAGAGCGCCCAGUGGAAGCCCAGUGGGAGGGAUAUCUCCAAACCUGGCCUCCACCUGGCAGGCCGAGAAUCUGUCUUCACCAGCCCGGUCUCUGCAACCAAACCCAGCCACGCAACCAGCACCCCACCACACAACACCCCCAAAGAGCAGCAUCCCUCCAGCACGACACCUCCCAUAGACAUUGCCCCGUCACGCCUGAAGCUGAUGCGUCGCGGUCCGGACCGCAAGAGUGAGUUCCUGCGAGCGCUGAAGGACGAGGGCACCGGAGAGCUGACCGCCAGCAGCAGCAGCCCUGGAGAGGGUGAAAGCAGCACCCCGGAGCCCAGAGGCGACAGCGAGGAGCUCUGCCACGAGAACGGCCUGUCCCAUUCCCUUAGUGACUCAGACACAGAGCACCUGUCAAGCUCCCUGGAGGCAGAACACAGGUUGCUGAAGGCCAUGGGCUGGCAGGAAUACCCAGAAAAUGAUGACAAUUUCCUGCCCCUGACUGAGGAUGAGCUUAGAGAGUUCCAGACUAAAACGGAACAGAUGAAGAGGAACGGUCUGCAGAGGAACGGAGUUCUCGUCCCGAGGGCGCGGUGUGUAACCCUCCACUUCACCCCCUGGAGGAGUGUGGCGGAGGCUCACCUGGAGGAGGGCUCAGAACCAGACACCAGUAGCAGCAGCCAGACCUCCGACGAUGACGACUGCAUCCACACCUGACGUAGCUUUACCCAACAACACCAAGACACCCUCCUGCUUCAAGUCUUCUGUCAGCUUCAGUUUAAUAGCACCAUUUUUUUUUUUUUUGUCGUUCUUGCACAAGGGAAAACCAAUCAUAUCCCAGUGAAGGGGGAGUCCUCCUCCACCAGACGUCUUUUUCCCUGCGUUUCCACCUUCACUGCAGCCCCUCACCUCCCCUUGUUUCCUCGCUUUGUGGAACUGAGUGUUCAACAAAAGGGCAACAAAUGCACACGAUUCUGCUUUCAAACAGACUAACUCAUUUCAUUGAUGAUGCUGAUGACAAAUUAAGGAUAAUAAAAUUGGUUCCUGACAAGCUGA